AUGCAAUCCUACCCUGGUUCCUGCUUCUGUCACAAAAUCACCUAUAACCUCAACCUCUCGUCUCCCGACGAUGCCCGCACGUCCCUCUGUCAUUGCAGCAGCUGCAAGAAAGCUUUCGGAACAAACUACGGUCUAACCGCCAAGGUCCCCAAAGAUGCCCUUCAGAUCACAUCCGGUAAGCUUAAGGAAUACGUGGGUGAUAAUGGGUCCGGAAGUAUAAUACAUCGGGAGUUUUGUGGGGAUUGUGGGAGCUAUAUUUGCGAGUAUGGGGAUGCUGUCAAGAAUGAUUUCCGGUAUAUUUGUGUAGGGACAUUGGAUGAUCCGGAAGUGUUGCCGCCGAAGGGAGAGUUUUUCUGUCAGAGUAGGGUUCGUUGGAUGCCGGAGAUUCCGGAUGUUUUUCACAAAAGCAAGAUCAAGGAGUAA